CUUGUAUACUUCUGCGUUUAUUCCUGCCCCUUUAACUCAAACCGGUAGUGAAGCGAAACGCGUGUUAUAUUUCCUACAUUCCUGAUUUAAUUUCAUUUAGUAUUUCAAUAAGAAAUGGCAAUUACCAUGGAUCACAUUCGGGAAAAACUGAUAGCAGAAAUUGGUGCAAUACACGUGGACGUAGAAGACACAUCUCCCAACAGAUGUGAUACAAGCUUUAAGGUGCUUGUGGUGUCACCUCAGUUUGAAGGAAAGCCACUGUUACAGAGACACAGAAUGGUGAACACUUGUUUGGCUACUGAGCUGAAAGAGAUACAUGCCUUUGAGCAGAAGACCUUAACACCAGAGCAGUGGGAAAAGCAGAAACUGCAGUGACAUAGACACAUAGUGUUUUAAUUUCCCCAUACUUAUGUUUGUUUGACCUUCAUUUUCAAUUACAUUGCACAAAACAUUAGUUCAUUCAAACACACUUUCCUUUUUUUCUCAUCAAUAUGAGCUACAAUACAAUUAGUGACAACAAAUAAAUGUUUCAUGUCAUUUGUCAGCCUGGGA